GCAGCCUGCGGCCUGGAGUUCCUGCUGGUUCUCUGUGGUCUGGAGCUGUCCUGGUCCUGCCCACAUCACUGUAUCUGCUACACCGCGCCCACCACCGUUUCCUGCCAGGCACACAACUUCCUGUCCGUCCCUGAAGGCAUCCCCCCGAACAGCGAGCGCAUUUUCCUGCAGAACAACAAGAUCCACCGGCUGUUGCGAGGCCACUUCAGCCCCACCACAGUCACCCUCUGGAUCUACUCCAACAACAUCACCUACAUCGAGCCCUCCACCUUCCAGGGCUUCACCCUGCUGGAGGAGCUGGACCUGGGGGACAAUCGCCACCUGCGCUCCCUGGCCGCGGACACCUUCCAUGGGCUGGGCCGUCUCCACGCGCUGCACCUGUACCGCUGUGGGCUCAGCGCGCUGCCCAGCAACAUCUUCCAGGGGCUGCGUAACCUACAGUAUCUCUACCUGCAGGAUAACCACCUGGACUUCCUUCAUGAGGACAUCUUUAUGGACCUGCAAAACUUGAGUCACCUGUUCCUGCAUGGAAACAAGCUGUGGAGCUUGCAGCAGAACACCUUCCGGGGCCUGGGCGCUCUGGAUCGCCUGCUGCUGCACCACAACCAGCUGCAGUGGGUGGACCGCCUGGCCUUCCACGACCUGCGGCGCCUCACCACCCUCUACCUGUUCAACAACUCCCUGACGGAGCUGUCUGGGGAGUGCCUGGCCCUGCUGCCCGCCCUGGAGUACCUGCGGCUCAACGACAACCCCUGGGAGUGCGACUGCAAGGCCCUGUCGCUGUGGGACUGGCUCAAGCGUUUCCGAGGCUCCACCUCCGUGGUGGGGUGCCAGGCUCCACCUGACCUGGCGGGGAAGGACCUCAAGCUACUCGGCAAGGAAGACUUCCCCAACUGCUCCGGGUCCAAGUCCCUGCACCAGAGCAAGACCAGCACCUGGGCGGACACGGAGAAGGUGUCCCUGAAGAACGAGCCCCAGCCGGUCCAGCCUCCGCACCCCCACCACCCCCACCACCACAACGAGGCUCCGCUCUACCCCUCUCCCCCCUCCCCUCUGCCCCACCCGCCACCGUCCAUGGAUGGGGGCGUAGCGGUGGGAGCGGGCGGGGAAGCCGGGGUGGCGCCCCCCCAGAGGCCAGGCCGCGCUCGGAACUGCACGCGGGCGAGAGGGGGGAAAGGGAAGGGGCAGAACGAGGUGCACACCCUGAAGGAGAUGGCGGAUAAGGAGUACUCCUCCCCCGACUUCACCGAAGGGGGGGGCAAAUACGACCCCACGUCAGCGGACGGCACCGUCACGCGGCGGAAGCACAAGUGCCCCCCCCGGACAUCUGUCGGCCCCCCGAGCGGGGUUCAACAAGCCACCAACGGGGGGGCCUUGGCCCUGCCCCUGCUGCACCUGUACGCCAUCCUGGGAGUCUUGGUGCCUGUUAGCAUUGAUUGCAUUCUGCGCUGACCCCGCGGGGGGGCAAGGAUACGGCUUCACCAUCGCUCCUGCACAAGGCCUGUGUGUAUGUACUUUAUGUGUGUGUGUGUGUGUGUGAUUGUGUGUAAAACAUUGUGUAGGGGCUUAGCUGUUUAGACUCUGAAGUAGACGUUGGAACAUCCGACAUCCGAUGAGGAAGGACCGUGUGGAGGAGUCGGGAGAGACGAGAGGAAGCGUGGAGCACGCCUGCACUGCCACAGUUGCUAUUAUGAUUUGAUUUCCUGUUGUGUUGCUGUCUUGUCUUUUUUGCAGCCCUCUCUUUGUGUUUUUCUGCUCGAGCUGAGAUAACCAAACUUUUUGAAAGAAAGAGGCUUGAAGCAAGACGCUAGCUACAAGUGAAGUGAAAAAGUGUUUCAACAAGCUGAAUUUUUUGGUUUCGCAAUCUGUGAAUCCUUUUUGAGAGAGGGGGGAGACGGGGAUUGUUAAGCCCUCGGAAUGAGUGUAUCCAGUCUAAUUUUCAGUCUUAUUUGCCAAAUGUAUUUUUCUAUUACCUGCUUUUGCCAACCAUGUACCAUGUAAUUGGACCACAGUGUUUCCCAUCAGCCAAGAGAUAAACUGAGAGCUGGGCUCCGAAUCAGAGCAGGUAUUUGCGGAGCUUGCUGCUCUUCAGGAGUGCUCCUAUAGCAGCACAGUAUGGGGCACCAGCAGAGAGGGCACACGCAGAGAGGGCACACGCAGAGAGGGCACACGCAGAGAGGGCACACGCAGAGAGGGCACACCCAGCAGGUACAUGCCCCGGCUCCUGC